AGAUGGCGUUAUUAAAGAACUUCCUUUCGAGUUUCAUUUGAAUAAAGAAUGCUUCACGUUAAAAGUCCACUUAUUAAAAGUACCUGUUUGUCAAAAUUAAAUAACAGAGAAGUAUAUUUGAAAUUGGAGAAUACACAACCUGCUGCCACCUUCAAAAUUAGAGGUAUAGGCCAUAAAAUCCAAAAGGAAAUAAAAAAUGGAAAAAAAGAAUUUGUGAUAUCAUCUGGAGGAAAUGCUGGAUAUGCUGCAGCAUAUGCUGCGAACAAUCUUAAUGUUCCAAUGAAAAUUUUCGUACCACAGAGCACUGACCGAUCGAUUAUUGACAAAUUGGAGGACGAAAAUGCUAACGUUGAAGUCGCAGGACAAUUUUUCGACCAAGCAAACGAACGAGCCCUAGAGUAUGCCAGAAGUAAUAAUGAGGUUUGCUUCAUUCAUCCUUUUGAUGAUCCGGAUUUAUGGAUAGGACAUGAGACAUUGAUUCAAGAGAUAGUUGAGCAAACAGAAAAGCCUGAAACAAUAAUCGCGUCGGUUGGCGGGGGUGGAUUGGCUAUGGGGAUAAUUAAUGGAUUAGUUAAGGCUGGGUGGGAUGAUGUAAAUUUGGUAACAAUUGAAACUAAAGGGGCUGACUGUUUUUAUGAAGCCAUUAAGGCCAAGAAUAGAAUUACUUUACCCAAAAUUACCAGCAUUGCAAACUGCUUAGGUGCUUUAAGAGUUUGCGAAGGUCUCUAUGAUGCAUAUGCGAAACAGACGAUACCUAUAAAGCCUUACCUUGUUAGUGAUAAGGAUUCGAUUGUGGCCAUAAGAAAAUUUUUAGAUGAUCAUAGGAUAUUUGUUGAGCCGGCUUGCGGAGCCACUUUGGCAGCCUUGUACUCCAAAGAAAUUAAUUUGGCCCCAAAAGGGGGUAAGAUUGUUGCCAUAGUUUGCGGUGGAGCGGGAAUUAGCAUGAGAAUGUUGGAAGACUGGGAAAAAAAGCUAUUAAAUUAA